AUUUUUACUUAGAUGUAAGAAAUUACUUAAUGUGUGACAAUUACAGUGCCUGUUUGAAAAGGCAACAUGGAUGCUUUCUCAAAGUAGUAGGAUCCAUCCAUCGAUACAUAGAUGUCAUAUAUAUGCACAGUGACUGAUAUAUAGAUACCCACCCUGUAUCUGUAUCUAUAUAUAUAUAUAUAUAUUCGAUCCCCCCCGCCGGCAGUUUAUAGCGGCAGCAGAAUGGCGUUCUCGAAUCCGGGAAAUUUCCUCCGCCGCUUCUGCGUCGACGACUUCCACGGCGGGACCGGGUCCCGCGGCGGCGGAUUCUUCUUCUCCACACAUCUUAUCCCGUCUCUCGGCGCCAGAAUCAACCGGACGACAAAACUCCGGCGGCAUAUAAUUUCCCCAUUCAAUCCUCGAUACAGGGCGUGGGAGAUGUUCCUGAUUGUGCUGGUGGUGUACUCGGCAUGGAUCUCCCCAUUCGAGUUCGCAUUCCUGGCUUACAAGCAAGACGCGCUGUUCGUCGCCGACAACCUCGUCAACGCCUUCUUCGCCGUCGACAUCGUGCUCACCUUCUUCGUCGCCUAUUUGGACACACAGUCGUAUCUGCUCAUUGACGACCCCAAGCGGAUAGCAAUUAGGUAUUUGUCGACCUGGUUCAUAUUCGAUGUCUGCUCGACCAUCCCCUUCCAAUCUCUCAGCCUCCUCUUCUCAGAUCACAGCGGCGGUCUCGGCUUCAAAUUGCUCAGCAUGCUUCGCCUAUGGCGUCUCCGACGUGUCAGCUCCCUAUUCGCCAGGCUCGAAAAGGACAUUCGAUUCAACUACUUCUGGACACGCUGCACCAAGCUCGUCUCCGUUACUCUGUUCGUGGUGCAUUCCGCCGGAUGCUUCAACUACCUGAUCGCCGAGCGGUAUCCCGACCCGACCCGGACCUGGAUCGGCGCCGUCUACCCGGAUUUCAAAGACAUGAGCCUAAGCGACCGCUACGUCACCGCAUUGUACUGGUCCAUCGUGACACUAACAACCACCGGCUACGGCGACCUCCACGCUGAGAACCCGAGGGAGAUGCUUUUCGACAUCUUCUACAUGCUCUUCAACUUGGGAUUGACAGCCUAUCUUAUAGGCAACAUGACAAACCUUGUCGUCCAUUGGACAAGCCGAACCCGAAACUUCCGCGACACUGUCCGAGCAGCCUCCGAGUUCGCGAAGAGGAACCAGCUUCCCCCUCAGAUUGAAGACCAAGUCCUCUCACACAUAUGUCUGAAAUUCAAGACAGAAGGAUUGAAACAGCAGGAGGCGAUCAACGGUCUGCCGAAGGCCAUUCGUUGCAGCAUCGCGCAUUUCCUUUUCUACCCGAUCGUCCAGAGCGUCUACCUCUUCCGCGGCGUCUCUCAGGACUUCCUUCUGCAACUGGUCCCUGAAUUGGAAGCCGAGUACUUCCCUCCAAAGGAGGAUGUAAUCCUGCAAAAUGAAGCUCCCACAGACGCAUACAUACUUGUUUCUGGAACUGUGGAUUUUAUUGCCAAGAUUGAAGAGCAAGAACAAAUAGUUAGGAAAGCAUCUGCCGGGGAGAUUUUUGGGGAGACGGCAGUUCUGUGUGGACAACCUCAGCCGUUCCGAAUUCGGACUAAUGAAAUAUCUCAAAUUCUGAGGCUAAACAAGAGGAUUCUUCUUCGAAUUCUACAAGCCAGCCCAGACGACGAGCGCAUUGUCAUGGACAAUCUUUUCAUGGUAAAUUUGAUCUCUUACACCUUUCAUGAAAACUAUAACUCGUCGGCUGCUCAUAUCCGGUUUCGUUGCAAGAAAUUGAAAGCGUGCAGAAGUUUCGACAUCGAGGGGCAAUGGGAACCGAGUCUAAACCAUAAACGGGACAGCUUUAGCCACAUUGGCGACAAAGCUUGUGACGACAAUGAGACAGCAAAGAAUUUGUCGCCGGCCGAGGAUGUCCAGACAGCUCUUCACAUUGCCACCAGACAGGGACAUGUUGAAAUGGUGAAACUUUUGCUCGAGAAAAGAGUAAGUGUAAGAAAACCGGACGAGAGAGGUUUCACAGUGAAGGACUUGCCGGAAAGAAUCAUCGAUCAUGGUCCUGAUCAUCGCCGGAGAAAUUCUCUGGUCAGUGACUCGAGCAGCUCGGCGUGUCCAAUUAUCGCAGAGGAAACAAAACCGAAGCCGGAGAAGAAGAGAGUCACCAUUCACAUGAAGUUUGAUGAAUCCUCCAGAACAAAGCAGCUUCCCAAGCUGAUCAUUCUGCCGGAUUCAUUACAAGAACUGCUCGAAAUCGCCAGCAAGAAGUUUGGGGACGACAGCCUUGCAACGGUUAUGAGCGCAGAGAAUGCCGAAAUAGACGACGUAAACGUCAUCCGGGACGGCGAUCAUUUGUUUCUGUUGUCAAGAAAGUGUGAAAAAACAGGGGAUGAUGAGAACUAACAAAUGUAAGAAAAAAUCAUAACACACAGGAAGUAGGCAGGAAACUCGUAAGUAUACUGAUUUUUGGACAACAUUAACAAUCAUUCCAUGUGUUCUUUGUAUGUAAUGUAACAUCACAAGAGCAAUAAGAAGAGUGGGCAUAGAAUUUAUGCCUGCUACAAAUUACAA